CAGUAGUGAGCUGGUACAUUUUCAGUGAGCAAUGGAGCGAUGUGGCGAGUUGCUGACGCUCAUUUUGCUUCUCAAUGUGGCUGGGAUCACGGGCUCAGUCCCAGAACAACUGCACAGCUGGACAUCCUGUCGCAUUCUUUCUAGGAAUCUCACUGCCAAAACUUUUAACUACACACAUCGAUGGGAGCAUUGCCCGAGAAAUUUUAAGUUGAAUGACAGCGAGGACAUCCCACGUAUCGAAGUCAGCGACAGCUGCGACCCCGUCACACUCAGGACCGUUCCAGAGAUGUGCCUUAAGAAGAUUAAAGAAGGCCUUUCAUAUUACCACAAUCAGUUCAGCCAACUUGGAAACGUGAAAGAGUCAAUACACAACAGUGACAUUCGGAAAUUUGCACAUAAUCUUUCCAAAAUCAUCCUGGAUCUCCUCAAGUCAAUCAAGAGCUCGGACAGCAGCGCAGAUGACAGGACCACAGACAGAGUGGCUGCGGACAAUGGGCAUGUAGAGAUACAUGAGAUCAGAGAUUGGGAGCUGAACUGUACAUUGUUUAGAACACUUGAGAGAUUUCAAUCCUUCUCAUCUCUGGUGGCUCGUGUCUUUGGCCAUCCUUCAGGAAACCCUUCAGAACAUCACAACACUGGGGACUGUGGGGUAUAGUUCAGAGAGUUGUUGGGCAAGGAACACAGUGCAAUCCAGAAAAUUGUUUUUAAUUUUGAAAAUUAUUCGAGCUUAGUGUUUUUGUGAGGCUGAAGUUUUCUGAAAAAGUAGAUUUGAACCUUGGCUGGACAAAACGGUAUCACACCAAUGCCAGUGACUAUCACAACAUCUGAAAGAUAUUAGAUUUCUACAUCAAAAGCGAUUUCUACAGUUAUUCUGUGAUAGUUCUGCUUCAUCACCUUGUCAAAAUAUAUUUUUGUCCUCACUGUUUUCUAACCCCCACCCCUUUAACUUAUUAGUUUGAUUUUGGAAGGUAAUUAAUUAAGAAGUGUUUAUAAAUCUGCAAGAAAUUCUGCUUUGGUCUCUGAGAAUAUGAUACUUUCCAUACUUUGAUCUCACAGCCACAAAGCAUAUGCAUU